GCAUUCGGGUUUUAUCGGGAGAAUUAUGGGGUUCAUUUGAUCCUUGAAAUUAUACGGAGAGGCAGCUUCAGAAAGCUGCCAUAUGUUGCAGGUGAAAGAGAAAACCCUCAAUCUGUCACUAACAUACGUGGUCCGGUACCAUGAUAUGCAUCUGAUUUGAUGAUCGAUGGGGUCGGGCUUUAAAUAGAACACAUCCCAGCCCUUUGUGAUUCCAGCCUCCUCAACAUUUGUUGCCUGUCAUCUUAGGUCCUCUGUCGUCACAAGCACAACUCUCAUUACCUCUUAAUAGCCCUGCUCAAAUGCUCCAGGCGAAAUUACCUGUUGUGGAUCGAAAUCGCCUUGCUAGGGUUCUAGGGAGACAAAGGAAGCAACAUUCUAAGUACUUCGGCAUCGGGAGGCCAGCUAAUGAGACGAUACUCUAUGGCCCCGUCAGUGCUAUUCUGAACGCCACAUUCCCGGAAGAUAGUUUAUACAGGCCGAUGCCGCAGUAUACCCUGGAAGAUGAGAAGCGCGAUCAACGCGAACUUCUGCGGCCCGACUUUACAGUUGUAACCGACGCAGAACUCGUCGACGACGAUUCAGAUGCCCUCACUUGUUUGGUAAUAGAAGUGAAAAACAAGCCUCUUUCUGCUAAAGACAGGCAAGAGGACACAAGGAAAGCGGUAGACCAACUCUAUCGAUAUAUGAUCGAUGCCUUUUCGAAAAGAAGCUGCACGGAUGUGCUAUACGGCAUUGCGAUUGUAGGGUUUCGUAUGUACCUGUACAAGAUGAGGGGGGGACACGCCGAGAUGACUCUUGUCGAUGAGGGAUUCGCACCAAAUUUCCUGGACAAUACAGCAGUUGGAUUUUGGAUGCUCAUUCGUGAUUUGGUUGACGAACAAGUGUGUCAAGACUCGCUUGCAUGGCCACGCACUGUUCGCUCUCGCAACAACGAUGUGGGUAUGGCUUGGCAGGAUGCCGACAUGGAAAGAUCUCAAGAUACGAUGGAUAAUAUCUUUGAAGAUGCCGAGACUCUAAAAUUCCCUCCGAGGCCCGAACCCAAAGACCUCGGGGCCGCGACUUACUUAGCAGGCCUUAGCCCCGCAAACACUGAUUCGACUGGGCACCAUGAGAUCGAGAGUCACAUGAGGCUUCGUUCAGCUCGUCAGGUCGGGGAAACCCUCUCGUAUAUCCCGUUCUUCGACUCCCCUGCCUCAAGCAACUUGAGCAGCGAGCACCGAGUGAGCGGAACACCGUGUCCCUCCAGGCUUGGUGGUACUCAGCACAUGUCCACCCCUCAGCCAGGUCGGACGCCGCCCUUUGAUAGGAUUCGAUCUAUGCUUUCUGCUCAACCAGGUGGAAUGCCAUUUGCUCCAGGAGCUCCCUCGGACUUUGCAUCCCAACCCGCCGGAACACCAUCCUCUUCGAGUCCUCUUAUGCCUCCAUGGGAAUCCCCUGAAUCGCCACUCGAUCGCUUCUCAAAACAUAGGAGGCAGCGGCAAACAACUGGUAAUGUUGUCUCAAUCGGAAACCUUAUGAGAGACCAAGAUCAGUCCUCUGGUACUACAAAUCAUGGUCAACCUGAAGAGGAUCGAGUUCCUCGAGGUGGCACUAAUGGGAACCCAAGCUAUGCUGCUGGUGCGCCUCGAACACCUGAGCCAGUUGGCCAGCGGGCCAUAACGGACUGGCAUGCCAUUUCGGCUUCUCAAGCAUCUUCAAUCAGCAGCCAACCACAUAAUUCCCCGACCCCCGACAUUGCUCCGCAUAGCCGGCGGCAUUUCCGUGGGUUUGACCAGAGCAGGCGAAGCAGUGCCCAAACAAAUCACCCCGAUUUGGGGGGAGGAUGAAUUAUGCCAUCUGACAACCGCAGGGGCUCAUAGCAGGAUUGCCUCUUUGUUGAGAUAUUUUACAUGAGCGUCUUCCCAAUGCUGUUUAUAGUAGAGGGAUAACCCGGGAAAGAAUCGGACAGUAUUUAGUUGAGCUCUUUACACGUUACACGCUGGAAACAAA